AUGCAGUUUGGCUCCUCGAUGCUCUCUGCAGGUGAGGCUCAGGCCGCUGGGUCUCCGCUCACCUACACACAGCUGCAACCCGCCUCACAACAACACGUAUCGCCCAAGGACAGUGGCACUGUGGGUGGGGACUAUGGAGCGGAUGGCAGAGCUUCACGAUACCUCGCGGAUUCUGGAUCUUCAAAGCGAUGCACCAACAAUCGAUCCUCCAGUUCACUAAGUGGCACCGGUGACAAACAUUCGCCUUCUCGUAAACUUAUGCGCAUUGGAUCGGCUGGAAGUGGAGGCUCACCACUCUCUGCAGCGACAUCAUCUCUCGAUCAGUGCUGUUCACCUGGCUCGCCCCACACCACUGGUGCCGCCAGUUCGCCCUCCAAGGCAACACAAUCCACGUCCGCCUCGGUCUCAUCUCCAGGGCUGACCAUUAACGCCGCAACACUAGCCCAGUAUCGUCGUGAAAUCACCACAGAGAAUAGCGGAACUGGAGUGCCCACAAAGCGGGUACACAUCAAGAAACCAUUGAACGCUUUCAUGCUCUUCAUGAAGGAGAUGAGACCCAAAAUUCAAGAGGAGUGCACACUAAAGGAGUCUGCAGCAAUUAAUCAGAUUUUGGGCAAAAAGUGGCAUGAAUUGUCAAAACCGGAGCAAUCAAAGUACUAUGAACUGGCACGAAAGGAGAAGGAAAUUCACCGCCAGCUCUUUCCUGGUUGGUCCGCCCGUGAUAACUAUGCAAUUCACUCAAAACGCAAACGCAAACGAAAACUCGCUGCCGCUGUGGCCGCUGCGUCAGCGAUGAAUGCAGGAGCGGGUGGAGAGGGCGGUGUGGGCCGGCGAGACCUAUACGACGGUGAUGGGUACUUUGGUGGUGGCAGUGGCGGUGGUAGCGGUUGUGGUGGUGGGUGUAGCGGUAGCACCGCUCUCAAUGCCUCCACCUCCGCUGCUGCUCUUGCCGCUGCUGCAGCUGCAGCUGCGGCUGGCGUUGACCUGGGGAACCCUAAAAAGUGUCGAGCCCGAUUUGGUCUCGAGCAACAGACCCGGUGGUGUAAGCCAUGUCGGCGAAAGAAGAAAUGCGUCCGAUUUCUUACCGACGCUGAGUAUGAAGAAGCUCUAAAGGCCGGCAAAUUGCAAUCAGAGCCAUCUUCACCGCAACAGGUGGGGGGAAAAUCGACUACUACAACCAGUACCGUAACCGGAGGAGCGAAAGAUCAGUGGUCGGAGGCAACUUUAGCCAAGUCUGCAGCCCAUCUACCUACUCCAAAGAGUCCGAGUUCAACCUUCCUCUCUCCCUCCGCCUCCAGCACUGGAGGUAGCGGAUUCAGCCACACUGCACCAGCAACUUCACUCACUCAUCCUCCUGCCGCCUCCUCUGAAUUCGUGGGUAGCAACUCUGAGGAGUAUCCCGUAGCAGUUAGCACUUCCAGUGGUUUCGGCUACGGCCAUUUCUCCCCUUACUCGGAGUUCCAACGUCCAGCAUUGGCACAUUCGACACUAAGCUUUUUGGAGCACCAUCGACCAUCUCCUUCUUUCGGAUCAGUCCAGCUGUCACAAACAACCACUGCUGGUAACAACACAGAAGUGGAGGAGGAAGACGAUAUGAAGAAUGAGACAUUGUGUGUCUUUGCUACAGAGGCAUCUCCUGCAGGUAGUUGUCACCACGAUAAUGGCACAGGCACUGGAGAGGAGGAUGAAGAGGACGAAGAGGGGGAUAAUUUCCCUCACAUAAAACAGGAACCGAGUCCCCUAAAUGGUAUGUUCCCAGUGGUCACUGCUGCAGCAGUGGCUGCAGCAGCAAAGGUGGUUGAGGGACAAUCGACUGUCAACAUGGCUACUACCACCGCUCCUACAACACUCUCCACUUCCGUGCCCACUGCCGAAAAGAGGCCCAUCAUCUUCUCUGCAGCUGCACUGAGCCGGUGUGAAGAUCCCAUCUCCUCCAAUACAGCCGUAGAGACUGGUACAACAGCCUCGUAG